AUGCCGUUGAUGUUAAUAAUUAUGAAAGAAGUCAUUCACUUUUAUAAUCAGUCAGCAAAAAGGAAUGCUGUUCUAACUGAACACGUAGGAGGGCAACUAGUGAGCCUCUGUGAAACUAGGUGGGUAGAUAGACAUGAUGCAGUAAUUUUAUUUUUUUGUGCAUUGCCAGAAAUUGUCGAUUCAUUUACAGAGAUAAGCGAAUGGAAAGAGUCCGAGUCAGCCAAAAAGGCCGUGUUGUAUAUCAACUCAAUAACAAGCACUGAAUUCAUUUUUUCUUGCGUUUGUCUGGUAGAUAUUCUGAAAAGGACCCUUCCCCUAAGCAAGUUAUUGCAAAAACCAAACUUAGACUUGAACAAGGCUUCCAAUGCAGUGACAGACACACUGACAUGUCUGAAGGAUAGGAGACGAAAUUGUGAUGAUCAUUUCACAGAGUUAUACUUGGAAGCUCUAACUACCUCUGAAAAGCUGGGUGUGCAGCUCAAAAUGCCCAGAGUAGUGAAAAGCCAAAGGCAUAGAGAAAACUACGAAGCAGAGACAGGGAUGGAAUAUUAUAGAAUGUCCAUGUAUAUACCACUUCUCGACAAUGUCAUCACUGAUCUACAAACCAGGUUCUCCGAAGAAAACCUAUUGUGCUUUGACCUCAACCUUUUAAUGCCUGCAAAUAUGUUGAACACCAAUGUCAGCGAAAAAUGCUUGGAGUUGAACGUGAGGCUGCAGAAAGUUUGCCAGAACUUUAAAACUCUUUUGGCCAGUGAUUCUGAAGUUGUACUGGAAGGAGAGUUAAGCAUUUGGAUAGCGAAGUGGUCAAGGGAGAAAGAAGAAGGAAUAAAAAUUCCAAACUGUGCCAUAGAAGUACUCAAAUGCUGCGAUGGAGAUAUGUUUCCAACUGUACGAACACUUCUACAAAUACUUAUCACACUACCAGUAAGUGUUGCAAGUGUUGAAAGGUCAUUCAGCAGCCUUAAGCUCGUUAAAUCCUGGCUACGGACAAGAAUGGUUGAAGAGAGGUUGAAUGGAUUGUGCCUUUUAUACAUACAUCGUGAUAUUGAGCUGAAUGUUGAGAACGUAAUUGAGCGUUAUGCUAAAGGAGGAAAAAGAAGGCUGGACUUUAUUGUUUAA